AGAAAAAAGAUAAAAAUGUUGAAUGAAAAGGAAAUUAAUGUAAGCGAUGAUGAUGAUUUUGAUGUUGGAUCUGCUUACAUUGUAAGAGAUAAGUAUGAAAAGAAAGCUGUUGAAAUAUAUAAAAAAAUGUGUAAACUUAAAGAAGAGCCAAAUUUUCUUGAAAAUCCACCAAUACGUUUCAAAUCAACUAAGAACGUUUUGGUUAACAAAACAAUUGAGAAAUAUUAUAAUAUAAAUAAAUCAUUCCCAGAUUACUUUGAAGUAUACACUUUGUUAAAAACGCUCAAUGAAAAAAAAAAAUUAAAUUGGAGUGAAAAGGAGCUUAGUAGUAUUUCUCAAGAUGCAUUUCUUAAGCUCGGAAAGCAGUUAAAAGUGUUGAGACUUAAUGAUUAUUUCAGCAGUUUAUCUGAUAUGAUAACUGAUAAAGAUCCAGCAGAAGAGAAUGAAGAAUUGAAAAAUAAACUUGAAGAAAGUAAUAAAAAACUUAAUGAAGACUUGAAUAAAGCUAUUUUGAUCGAUCAGCACAGGAAUUUAACCACAUGAAAAACGGACAGUAUAUAAAGUAUUAUACAUUUCAGUGUUGUAAUAGAACGUAGGUUGUGUGUUAUAUGCAGGUCGUUGUGACACUUCAAAUACCUGAGUUUAUGAAUCCCGGAGGUGUUAAUUAAAAACCAGAAGAUCAGAGAAGAAAGAAAGCGAAAAGAAAAACAUUCACAAGAGGAAUCAUGAAUAUCGUAUUCUAUUAUUAUUUUUUCAAAAUUUAUUAAUAUUUUUAUUUGUUAGCGAAGA